GAGGCUUUGUAUUCUAUAAAAUACCAGGGUUCUCAUUUCUCUAAAUAAGUGAGAAGUGGAGCAUAGCUAGCUUUGAACAUAUUUGUUAUUCGUGCUUGUUGAUACAAAGAAAAAAAUGGCUGAGGAGAAUACCAACAAGAUUUCUGAGGUCGAGAGCAGCGUCGCCGGUGAAGAAGCAGUGGAGUCGAAGGACCGAGGGUUGUUCGAUUUCAUGGGGAAGAAAGAAGAGGAGAAGCCCCAAGAGGAGGCGCUUGUAACUGAGUUUGACAAGGUUAAGAUUGAAGAAUCAAAGCCAGAGGAAGAGCGAGAGGAGAAGAAGCAUGGUCUUCUGGAGAAGCUUCACCGAUCAGAUAGCAGCUCCAGCUCCUCCAGCGAUGAGGAAGAAGGUGAAGAUGGAGAAAAGAAGAAGAAGAAAAAGAAGGAAAAGAAAGAAGCCACGGUAAUCCCAGUUGAGAAGAUUGAUGAACCAGUGGUUCAGCCGGAAACGCCUGAAAAGAAAGGUUUCCUUGAGAAGGUCAAAGAGAAACUACCCGGACAACAUAAGAAAGCUGAAGAGGUGAGUAGCCCACCUCCAGCACCACCGGCAGCGGCUGAGCCCCAUCAGGAGGGCGACGCAAAGGAAAAGAAGGGGAUUUUGGAGAAAAUCAAGGAGAAGCUUCCUGGUUACCACCCCAAAACAGAUGAAGAGAAAGAAAAGGAGAAGGCUUGAGUUUGAAGUUAAAAGAAAAGAGAUGAUGAAAUUGUGUGUUUCUUAAAUUGUUGAAAUUGUGUGUUCUUUUGUUUUUGGCUUGUAUUUGUAUAUUUCAUAUAAGUUUCUCUCUUCUUCCCUGCUUUUAGACAA